AUGGAUACCAUCCCUACCUGCCAGCGAGCAGUGGUCGUGCAGAGUCCAGGAAAUAAUUAUGAAAUGAUCAUCCGCGAUGACAUCCCGGUCAGAACACCCGGAGCGGACGAGAUCCUCGUCAAGUUAUCAUGUACAGGGCUCUGUCACUCUGAAAUCCGCGCCGUCUUAGCCUGGGGCGCAUACAACCCUAUCAUCGGCCACGAAGGUGUCGGAACUGUAAUCCAAACCGGCCCCAAUGUCUCCCCCUCACUCCUGCACCAGCGUGUCGGAGUGAAGUGGCUGUACAGCGCCUGUACGGCUUGCUCUGCCUGUCAACGAGGGUUUAGUCAUUACUGCGCCCAGCAGAAGAACACGAGUCGCCACGUGCCCGGUACAUUACAGCAGUACGUCAUCGCGGACGUGCGAUUCAUCACACGGAUCCCGGAGACAGUCACGGAUGAAGUUGCUGCGCCUUUGCUGUGUGCCGGCCUUACUAUGGCUGGUGCGGUGGGUAGGUUGGCCGACUACCGUCUCAGCUCCGGUGAUUGGGUGGUAAUUUCUGGAUCGGGGGGCGGAUUGGGUCAUCUGGGAGUACAAAUUGCCGCUCGGAUGAAGGGAUUCCGAGUUAUUGCAGUUGAUAGUGGGGAGGUGAAGAGGAAGGUUAGCUUGGAGUCUGGAGCCGAGGUGUUCAUUGAUUACCGGACGGAAGACGUCGCAGCUAGGGUCCGGGAGGUGACAGGGGGAGAAGGUGCACAUGCGACGAUUGUGGUACCCGGGACAAGAGAGGCAUUUGCGAUGGCGCCGCAGGUCGUGAGGAAUAUGGGACUGAUUGUUGGGGUGGGAUUGCCACCCAAUGAGAUGGAGUGGCCUGUAUCUGCGACGCUAUCCGCGGCUAGAGGUCUUUGUAUUGUUGGUUCCUCGGUAGGCACGGAAGACCAGAUGAGUGAGCUUUUGCAGCAGGCAGCAAGGGGAGAGAUUAUGCCUGCUAUCGAAGUGUUCGAAUUUGAGCAGACACCGCGUCUUGUGGAUGGGUUGAAAAAUGAUUCUAUCUCCGGUAGAGCAGUGGUAAGGAUACCGCAAUGA